AUGUCGUUGCGACCUGAAGAUUUAGUUAUUCUUGAACCCGGUAAUCACGGAGAUAGUGAUAUAGAUGUAGAAAUUGACGAACUAUUUGGUAAUGAAGAAAAUAUGGAAGAAGAGAAUGAAAGGAUCCCUUCUGAGAUAUUUACACAGAUAGAUUGGGAUAUUACGAAUUCUGUUUGUGAACAAGGGUCUACGUUGGGAAAUAGAGAUGAAUUUGUAGACACAUCAUGUUUAAUUCAGAAGGGAAUGUUAUUUGACUGCAAGGAAGAUCUUCAAUUAGCCGUAAAAAAGUACUGUGUCACCCAACACUACGAAAUUGUUGUAGUCGAAUCGAACCAAAAUAUUUGGUCUGUUCGAUGCAAACAAUGGAGUAAUGGUUGCAACUGGAGGUUACGUGGAAGUAGGCGUAAAAGCCACGGAUUGUUUGAGAUCAGUCGACUGGAAGGAGAGCACUCGUGUCUGUACUCAAACCUAACACAAGAUCACUCACAACUAGAUUCUAAUUUUAUGAGUAUUGAAAUUCAAAACAUAGUCAGAGCUGAUCCUAGUGUUACUGUGUCUGUGCUCAUGGAAAUGAUAAAACAACAGUAUGGUUACACGGUUAAAUACAGACGGGUGUGGCAAGCGAAGAGGAAAGCUUUGGUUGCUGUUUUUGGUGAUUGGGACAAAUCGUACAAUGAGCUCCCGUACUGGUUGAGUGCCGUUGUACAUUAUAAUCCAGGAACUCGAGUUGAUUGGUUUUUUCUUCCAUCUGAUGUACCUGGGACAACCAUAUUUGGACGCGUUUUCUGGGCAUUUGGUCCUGCAAUAGAAGGGUUCAAAUAUUGUAGGCCAUUAAUUCAAAUCGACGGAACCCAUUUGUAUGGAAAGUAUAAAGGGAAAAUGUUAACUGCCCUAUCUAUCGAUGCAAAUGGUCAUAUAUUUCCUCUUGCAUUUGCUAUUGUGGAAGGGGAAAACGCGUCCAGUUGGUCAUGGUUUCUUUAUGCAUUGCGCCAGUACGUUACUGAUCGAGAUGGCAUUUGCUUGAUCUCCGACAGGCAUAGGGGCAUUCUUUCUGCCAUUAAUAAUGAGGAGAUAGGUUGGAGUGAACCACGAGCAUUCCAUCGAUAUUGUCUUCGUCAUGUUGCUAGCAACAUCAAUAAUAAAUACAAAUCGAAGCAACUAAAAGAUUUGGUGGUGUUCAUAUUUAUGAAUUUCUUGACAACUUUAGAGGAUUGUUUUUUCGGCAGAGCAAUAGAUUCAUUUACAUUAACCUCAUUUGUGGUCUUGUGA